ACGCAUAUAUUACUGAAGUGAUCGUUCAAAACAACCAUCAUUAUGUCUAGCCACGACGAAUAUUCCUCUGACGAAGAAGACUUGUUUGAUGAAAAUUCAGAAGUAACUCUUGGUUUUACGGAUGUGGCUUUCGAUGAGGAGGACGAGGAACCCACGAUAGAAGAUACGUUUAUUGGGGGACAACCCAUCUGGCUCCACCCAAACUCAAGACCACAGCCCCAAGAUUUGCAGUGUGGAAAUUGCCAAAAAGAUAUGGCAUUACUCCUUCAAGCGUUUGCGCCUUUUCACGGUCAGCCGUACGAUAGGGUGAUUUACGUAUUUGCGUGUAAGUCCUCAAGACAAUGCUCUGGAAAGAAAGGCUCUGUAAAGGCCAUCAGGGGUGUUUGUAAAGACCCUAGCAAGAUUGCCGAAAUUGAGGAGGCACAAGCUAGGAAAGCUCAAGAGCUUUUGGAUGCAAAGUUAAGACUUGAUGAGAAAAAAAAGCUACACAUCGAGUUAACAAAAGACUUAUUUGACGCCACAAAACCCUCGGGGGAAGCUAAAAACCCUUUUGGAGACAAUCCCUUUGGAGGAAACCCAUUUGGCUCGUCUGAAAAAAAUUCUUUUGGUGGAAAUACCCCCAACCCUUUCGACAAACACACAGGUGACGAGCCUGAUUCUGCAAAGAACAAGCUAGAUUCUCAAAACCCUACCUAUGCUCUGGUGUCUAAAACUGUUGGGACUGAAAAAUUACCUACCACUACUAAGCCUCCUCAGAUGGCUCUUCCGGAAUACCCAGGAUACUUCAUAUUCACCGAGCCCGAAAAAUUGAAGAAAAUGACGGUGGAGGUCGAGUUGGAGAAAUACAAAGAUCUCAUCGAUAAGACUGAGCCCAGUGAUGUUAAGAAUGAAAGAAGCAUGUCCAGUUCAUCUGCCACGUCCUCUGCCGCUUUGAAUCCAGAGAAUAGCAAAAUCGCUAGCAUGUUGAAUGACGAGCAUUUUGAGAAGUUUUCCAGUACAGUGGGACAUAAUCCCUCACAAGUUCUUCGGUAUAGCUUGGGCGGUAGACCACUCUUGUAUAGUGGCAAAGAUGAUGUCUCCAAAGCUUUUUCAUCAUCAACUAUCCCAGACCCCGCCUAUAACCCUUCAUCGAGCCGCCAGUUCGAACUUCAGUUGAUGCCAAAAGCAAUUAUUGAUCUCGAAAAAAAUAAUUCUGAUCUGGUUGCCGAUAUUUUAAGCGGAAUGUCGUGGGGAACUAUCAUUGUGGCGACUGACACUGCGGAUUUCAUGCCUUCAUUGGAUGAGAACCAUAUCGGAUAUGUUGUUGAGUAUUGUGGAGUACAAUGGGAGGAGAGUAUUUAGAAACUCGCAGCAAUGUUACAUUUCAUAGUCCCGUUACUAAAGUGUAGUUUGAGUGAAAUAAAUAAGACACUCAUGAAAGGUAUCUUAACACCAUUCUUGUUAUCUUGUGGAGCAAAAUGUAGAUAAACAUUAUGGUAUACUAGAUUAGUGCUUUCAGCUCACAAUUAUUUGAGAGGGCUCCGGAAAUAUAUGCCUCGACCGAAGCAUUUCGAAAGCUUUGAGAAGCUGCAAGGUGAUUCAGGUGCUUUCUAGUCUCCACCGUGUUGUAUUUAUAG